UUAUCAUCGAAAACUGACGGACUGAGGUGAGGAAAAAAGAAUUUAUUCAACAAAGACUUCCUCAAGUCAGGUCUUGAGGAGAUCGGACAGGAAAAAACGGAAAAAAUGGUGGCAAAACCACAGAAAAGAGUUGACUCAGUUAAUGACAUGGGUUUAGAAAUAAAAUCGCAUGCCAUUUAUUUCAGAGGCAAAAGCCAAUGCGGUGUCAAAAAACCUGACAAUUUUAUCUGUCUUUUGGUGACCACGUUAUACAUGUUUACUCUUAUCCUCGUAAAAUGAAGCCGUCGAUAAAUGUAAAGAGCAGCCAAUUGAGGCCUGUGGCAGUUUAAAUUUAAUCACAAAACCUCGUAUUUUUCCCAGUGUGGCCUCUUUUCCUCCCCUUUCUCUUGGGCCUAUAGGCUCAGUUAAUAUCUUUUCUUUUUUUCAAAAUUUUGGCUCAGUUAAUAUCUUAACAUGUUCCUCUUCCACCCCAAAUUCAGCAAAAAAAUCAGUAAUAUGUCAUCCACGGCUGUUCAAAAGAUGCCACUUCAAAUGGGCCCAGGUGGGUCCGUUUCAACAGAUUAAAAUUAAUUAAAAUUAAAUUAAAUUAAUUAAUUAAAUUAAUUAAAUUAAAUUAAUUAAUUUAAUUUAAUUAAUUUAAAUUAAUUUAAAAAAUUAAAAUUAAAACCUUUUCAGCGAUCAGUUAAAAUGGUGAUUUUACCUCAGCCUGUUACUUAGUGGCUUGCUUAUUUAUUUAUUUAUUUAUUUUACUGAAUUUAUACACCACCCUGUACCAGGAGGUCUCAGGGCGCUUCAACAGAACAAAAUCAGAGUAUAAAACCACAAAAUAUGUAAUCAAAAUAAAAAAACAACCCAAUAACCCCCCACUCCCCGCAAGAAUGUUUUAGGGAGCAGGCUAGCAGGCAGGGUCCAUGACUUACAUCACAGGAGCCUACACAACACAAAACACGGUUGCUGUAGGUAGGUUUUAUUUUGUUUUUUUAUCUUAUAUUUUGGAAAUGUACAUCCAGUUGUUUUUGUUUUUGUUUUAAAAAAGAUAUUUAUUAGGAGUUUACAAGUUACAGAAAAAGAAAGAAAACAAUAGAGAAUUAAACAAAACAAAACAAGACCUUACAAUACAUUAAAAAAAACAAAAAACAAUACAAUAAAAUAACGAAAAAACAGAACAAAAACAUUUAAAAACACUUCCAACUUUUCCAUGUCUUUACCUUUCAUAUACUUGUUUCAUCGACCUCCUCACACCUCCCUUUUUUGUAUUCUAGUUCAAUUAGCUAUUUCAGCAAGUCCUUUCCAUCUUUCCAUUGGCUUGAAUUAAUUAAUUUUAUAAUGAAUGAUUUUAGAAUGUUGUUUAUGCUGUACUUUUGUACUGUUUUAUUGUUGUUAGCCGCCCUGAGCCCGGCUUCGGCUGGGGAGGGCGGGAUAUAAAUAAAAUUUAUUAUUAUUAUUAUUUCUCAAUUUUCGUUCUAAAAUUUAACUUAAGACCCUCUAACCUUAAAUUUUCCACUUUGGUCCAUUAACAAUCUAUUUUUACUUAAUUCUUUAUAACAUUUCUGCUAGAGCCAUAUCGCUUCAUUCCAGCAUCCUUCCAACAUUCAUUAAUUUUGCAAUAUUUCUGUAAAUAUACUUUAAAUUGUUUCCAAUCUUCUUCCACCGACUCUUCUCCCUGGUCUCGGAUUCCGCCAGUCAUUUCCGCCAGUUCCAUGUAGUCCAUCACCUUCAUCUGCCAUUUGUUACGGUAAAAUCUGGGUGUGGGGUUACUCUGCCACCCAGCUCGUCGGACUAAGUCCGCGGGUCCCUGCGGAAGAAAAUGAGCUCAGCCGGAGACAGGAGCAAACUGCAGGAGAUCCGAGUUUAUUGCGCAACAGGUUCAAGGCGAGAUUGAACAGCGAGAAAGGGGUGACAUGAACUUUUGAAAUUUCCCUCCAUGUCCCAGAAUACAGUGCAAAAUACAUCCCAGUUACAUCAUGAAUACAUUAAGAAGAGGUUGGGUUACACAGAUUACAUCACGAAUACAUUAGGAAGAGGUUGGGUUACACCGGAUUAACAUAUGGAGGAGGGAGGGGAAUAUGCAGAGCUGGAGAUAUGCGCAGGUAAGCACAUCCUGAGAAGACAAUGGUCCAUGUAUGCAUAGUCUGUCACCUGGCAUCGCCCGGAGGAAGGGCUUGGCAGAGCGAUUUGACAGGAUUAGGGUCUUGACACCUUGCUUGAGGAUUAUGGAGGGCAGGUGAGGUGUCAUGGAGUCCUAGAGAAAUUGAGCAAAUUGGCACGUUGAUUUUCUAUGAAUUUUAUAGAUUUUAGUCCCUUUUGACAUUGGCAAUUGGAAAUAAAUGGAUAUAUUGUAGCGAAGAAGGUGAAGAAGAAGACAUGCCCCCCCUUCCGUAUCACAUUGUGCAUCCAGUUGUUUUUUCCCCUUUAAUUUUUUUGGGGGGCCCCCAAAAGAGUGGGGUCCUAAGCUACAGCUUGUUUAGCUUGUACGUAAAACCCGGCACUGGAACAACAAACCAACAAGCCCUAUUGAAUUAAUUUCCGCGUUUGCAACUACUUACAGAAAUAUUGUAAAAUUAAUGAAUGUUAGCAUGAUGUCGGAUUGAAGUUAAGUGGUUUCUAGCUGUAAUGGUAUAAAAGAAUAUGGAAAAAUUGGUUUUUAAUACGUAAAAAAUUAAUGUUAUAAUAUAUCAAGAUUAAAGAUCAGGAUGAAAAAGGAGGGAAAGGAAUUGCUGGACUAACAAAUUGAAUUGGAAUACAAAAAAGGGAGGUAUGAGGAGGUCCAGGAAAUAAGUAAAUGUAAGAGAAGUGAUGAAAAGAUGGAAUUGUUUUUAACUGUUUUUUUCUUUUUUUGUAUUUUGUAUUUUUCCUUUUUAUUGUUAAUUUUUCUUUUUUAUUGUUAAUUUUCUUAUUAAUGUAAUUUCUUUCUUUUCUUUGAAAUUUUAAUAAAUAUCAUUUUAAAAAAAUAAAAAAUUCCGUGUUUGCUGGGGAAGCCCAGCCAGAUGGGCGGGUUAUUAUUAUUAUUAUUAUUAUUAUUAUUAUUAUUAUUGGCGCAGCUCCUCGAGGGGCCGCUGGGGGCGCCCUCCUACCGGGACGCCCAACUGGCAAGGAGAGGGGCCGGCCCUCCUUCUCCAACUGAGCGCCCGGGGGCGCCAGCAUUUGCAGAGCAGUUUUUUCCAGGCUUCAAAAACGAAAAGGGGUUUGGGGUAUUUUUUUUUCUGUGUGUGUUUUGCCCGAAUUGCAGAAGAUCCCCGAGGCGCCCUCCUUUUUGCAGCGCUCUUCCCGGCGGGCUGCGGGCUGCGGGCUGUCUGCCUUCCUCUCCGGGGAGAAGCGGGGAUCCUGGCCCGCUCUGCUCGCCGCCCUUUUGGGAAGCGAAGUCCUGCUCUUCUGGUCCCGCCGCUUGGCGGAAAUUAAUCGGGUUAGCGCCUCCCUGCGCAAACUUUGGAAUUCCCCCGGGCCUUUGCAAUCUGGCAUUUUCAGGAAGUGGCUUUUGCAUUCUCACGUUAUACGAAGCGAAGGGGACGCAGCUUCGGGGAGGUGCAAACUGUUUUCUCCCGAUCAGUAAGUGAAUGCAUCAGUUUCCUAUCGGGGGCUGUAUCUCGCGGGGGGGGGGGGCGUUUAAUGGCUUCAUUUAUAUACUCUUUUCAGUUCUAAGUUCCCUUGAACGUGUCAGUGAUACUGAGAUCCUAGUUGUGUUUAAGAUUGCAGCCAUGCAUCCUAUUUUUUAAAAUAUAUUUUUAUUGAACGAUUUUAACAAACAGAUUUUCAAUCAACAUAACCAUUUAUGUUGGUUAUGUUUCCUCCCUCCCUUCCCCCCCCAGGACCUCCCUCAACUCCCCUCCCUGAUUUCUUUGCACAUAUUAUCCUCUGCAUAUUAUAAAAUUGUACGUAUCGUUGCCUUAUCUAUCAUAUAUUCAACUGAUAACUUUGUGGAUGUUUAUUCAAAACCUGCCAAGGAGUCCAGAUCGUGUUGUUGUCUUUUUAGAUCAUUUGUAAAAAGGUCCCAUCCUUCCUUGAAGUCACGGUUGUCCUUAUUAUGCAGUUUGUAUGUCAACUUAGCCAAUUACGCAUAGCUCAUCAAUUUUUCUUGCCACUGUUCUUUCGUUGGGAUUUCCUCAUUCUUCCAUCCUUGUGCUAACAAGACUCUUGCCAAUGUUGUAGCGUACAUAAAUACAGUGGUGCCUCGCAAGACGAAAAGAAUUCGUUCCGUGAGUCUUUUCGUCUUGCGAUGUUUUUCGUCUUGCGAAGCACGGUCCGUCGCAACUGCGCCUCUUCAAGCGGCUUUUAAAAAAAAGCGCAAGACGUUUUCGUCUUGCAAAGCAAGCCCAUAGGGAAAUUUGUCUAGCGAAGCAACGCAAAAACGGAAAACCCUUUCGUCUAGCGAGUUUUUCGUCUUGCGAGGCAUUCGUCUUGCGGGGCACCACUGUAGAUUCUUUCCCCCCCAAUUUUUUUAUUGAUUUUUCAUAUUUAUUAUUAUUCCAUAUUUAUAAACAGGCAAACAAACAAACAUAAAUCUUAAGUGUAAUAAUUCCACUUUUCUCUACAUUCUUUACAUUGUUGGAUGACCUCAACUCCCCCAAGCAGAGUUUCAAUGUAUAUCAUUGUAACAGUUUUCCAAAACUAUUUUCACAUAUAAUUUACUUAGUCAAUUGAUAUCUUUCUUUUCAUUUUUACUUUAGACAUAUUAUUCUAUAGCAUCACAUAUUUAAAUCCUAGGCCUAUCUGGUACUUGCAAGUAUUUCUAUUUAGAUUAUCUUAGCAUAUUUAGCUAAAUAGUCUUUACAUUUCUUCCAUUCUUCCUGAUACUCCUCCUCCUUAUGGUCACGGACUCUUCCGGUCAGGUCGGCUAGCUCCCAAAAGUCCAUCAUCUUCAUCUGCCAUUCCUCCACUGUUGGCACUUUGUGUGUUUUCCAAUUUUUAGCCAGCAAGAUUCUUUGGUGGUUUUUUUGGCAGGUCUAGUCUGCAACUAUGCAUCCUAUCUAUGCUCCCACCCCCCCACCCCCACGGUUGUUUCCGGUGGGAGCAGGAUAUUAUAAUGCACAUACGAUGGCAGCCCUAGUAGACUUCACGUUCGGAUCCUAAACAUAAUUUCUUAAAAAUUAGAUUCCAUUCAAGUUAGGUCUGCUUUAGCUUUUUGAAUUUUUCUAUUCCUUUCCUCAGUAGAAAAGGGUCUUAUCCUAGCAUCAUGUAUCCCUGCAAGUAAGCCCCGCUGAAAUUAAUGGGAUUUACUCCCAGGUAAGCAGCAGGCAUACUAUUUAGCCUUUGAGUUUUUCAAUUUAUUCUUUAUUUACAAAAAAUAAAUAAAUAAUGUACUGGUUGAUUGUAACAAAACCUCUCAGAGGUUUACAGGAAAUUUUAAAAUUACCAAUAAAACCAGUUAAAACCUAGUAAUUAAAAACAUUUUAAAGACAAAAUCUGCCAUAAACUAAAAAUAGAAUGAAAUGCUUCAACAUCCGCAUGUCUGGAUAAAGUUGCCUAAACAAAAAGAUUUCAUCACAAACCUCUGCAUUAACAAUAUUUGUUCCUUUUAUUAAGCUUCGUAAGAGAGUCCUUCAGUGUAGUUCAAGGAGCUGAAACUUUGAUUCAGACUUUUCCCUUGUAAAGUCCUUGGUGGGUCUCGAAAUAUGAUAAAACUUUGCUCCGCACUCAGUGAUAGGCUGCUGCUGUUUUCUGUGUCAUCGGAUUGUGAAUCCCUUUCUGGAUUGUUCAUUUUAUCUGCUUGAUCUGCAGAAUAAAGGAUAAUGCUCUUUGAUAAUGCAUUCUCUUACUCUUUUCCCUCCACCAGCCAGCCGAUCACCCCACGUUUGCCAUCAUCAGGUGUUGUCCAUAGAAUAUGGCGAAGGCAGUCUUGAUUGAUUUGUGCAUCUUCGGACCCAGGUCGUGGAAUAACUGGACCCAGGCAUCGGUGAUCAGAACAUUAGAAACUCUGGGGGAGAACUACCCUGUUUACCUUAUGUGCUGCCAAACCUUUGGAAGUGAAGGGAAUUGUGGAGAUGUAUUUCAUACAGCAAUACAAGGCUUUCAUGGUCCAGGGAAACUUGAGGUUGUGUGUGCCAAAACUACAGUUGCUGUCUUAUACACCAUUAAACAAAAACUCGAUGAAAAAGACAUCGACACUGUUAAAGUAAUCGCACCGGCGCAAAGAAAACCGUUAAUGAGAGAGUAUGUGAAUCAACUUUUUACUAGUGUUUACCAGUUUGAGUUUAAAGAUUUUCAGAUGAACUGUGAAGAAAACAACCUCAGAAAAUCUGCAGAACUGCAAGGUGAAUUAAUGCCACUUACAGACCAAGACAGAGAAAAGAUCCAAACUGAGAUAACAAUAUUUUUGAAGAGCCUUCCUAGUCUGAAAGGCGAACUUACCAUUCUCAAAUCUUCAUUGAUCCCAGGUAACAAAAAAAAAUGUGUAAAAAUCAUAUUAGUAGUACUGCAGUCCUUUUCUUUUUUCAAAUGUCCUUUUUUAUUGCUCGAUACCUAGUGUGAUCCUGGUUGUGCUUGAGGGGGGGAAAACAGAGUUCUGAAUGUCUGUACAUGCACUUCAAUCUAUGCUCAAACACCAGGACUUUCUUCAGCAAGAAAAGUCAGAUUGCCCCAGUAAUCAUACAUUUUGCCUACUAUUCUUAGCAAUAGUUAGGAUUUUUGCACAAUUUUCUGUGUUUGGGCAAAAACUGCUAUGGAUAGAGAUAAAAUGCAACAGGAGGCACUAAGUUCUGAGUAUAAAAAGCGGGUGGCAAAGGUCAUGAGAAGAAGCCUGAUUCAAAAUCUUGCAUUUUCUUUAGACUUCAAUAGAGUAAAAUAUUUCUAGACAAAAUAAUGGAGAGUAAUGUGUGAAUUUUGAGCUGGAGGGAUUUUUUGCUGGAAUUUUUACUGGCAGGUUGAAGUUACAGUGGUACCUCGGGUUACAUACACUUCAGGUUACAUACGCUUCAUGUUACAGACUCCGCUAACCCAGAAAUAUUGCUUCAGGUUAAGAACUUUGCUUCAGGAUGAGAAUAGAAAUUGUGCUCCGGCGGCACGGCAGCAGCAGGAGGCCCCAUUAGCUAAAGUGGUGCUUCAGGUUAAGAACAGUUUCAGGUUAAGUAUGGACCUCCGGAACCAAUUAAGUACUUAACCCGAGGUACCACUGUAUCUGUAACUGGUUUUAAACCAGAUUGUGUAUUAGAGAGAUGGGAAUAGAUUUGGAGACUUAAGAUCUGCUGCAGGUUUGGGUUCAGUGAAUCUCAGAAGGUUCCCAGUGCAGCCAGACUAUGCUUGUUUAAUUCCCUCCUCCUUAGCACAUCCAGAGUUAUGCCAGCCUAUCUCCCCCAUCCCAGCUUUAUGCCAAAUUCUUGCUCCCCUGAAGCAUAUUUUGGGUGAUAUUAGGCCUGCAUAACCAUGAUCCCCCCCCAUUGUUCUUUUCACUAGAUCCUAUCUUCCUCCAUGGAUUCACUACAAGAAUGGGCGGCAUUUCCUAUAUACCGACGUUGAGCUCUUUCAAUCUCUUCAGUAGUUCCAAAAGACGUGACCCACCCAUUGUGGUUAAGGAAAACCUUCGCAGGCUAGCUGCUGCUGCUGGAUUCAACCCUGAUGCAUAUCAUAGGGUAAAGGUAAGGCAAAGAAAACUGAAACUAAGGGGGAAAUUCUCAGUGCGACUUCUUCUGUUUAUGCUUUUCUUAAAGGCACAGGAGUCCAUUCAGGGUCACAACAACCCAUGACACGGCUUUUUAAGAGCCCACCUACUCCCAACAUCUGGAACCAAGCACCUGGGUUUUCAGAUCAGAGGAAAUGACUUCAGGUCUGGUUUUCACUUCUACUCCUUUUUUUUUCUUGUUGAAAACAGCAUCUUCAGGUAUUCCAGUUGCUGAUUGCGGUCCUACCUUGUCUUUUAUCCCCACCUUUAUAUUCUCAUAUAUUCUCAGUGGAGGAACCAGCUUCAUGAGUCACGGUUAUAAACCGAUUCAUUACAAAACCAACUAAGAGCUUGUUUUUGAACAAAGAUCUCUGCUUGGAAUGUAGUGAGAAGCAGAGAUGCUUUGAAAGUGAACAAAACUCAGCCGUUCUCCCAGCACUGAGGCUCAUCCACAUGGAGACUAAUCCUGUGCACAAGAUUUAUGUUGUCUGCUUCAUGUUGCAUUUGUGAUGUUCUAGUAUGUCACUGUUAUUUAUUGUUUGUAAGCCGCUUUGUGAUUCAUGCGAAUGAAAAGCAGCCAAGAAAUUAUAUUAUUGUGUUUGAGUUUCACUGAGUUGUUGAGUCAUGUGAAUAGUCCUAGGAUUCAGCCGAAAUGCCACCCUGUUUCAGGGCUUAUGCCAGUUUAAGACCAGUCAGGCUCAGCGCAGCUGUCUCUGUUCUGGCUAAGCCAGGCUGAGGAAGAUACUCCAGGCAUAGGCAAACUUGGCCCUCCAGAUGUUUUGAGACUACAACUCCCAUCAUCCCUGACCACUGUUCCUGUUAGCUAGGGAUGAUGGGAGUUGUAGUCCCAAAACAUCUGGAGGGCCGAGUUUGCCUAUGCCUGCUCCAGAUUGUCUCCCACUGAGCCGAGGAUAAGGGAGUUCAGCCUGUGUAGUCUGGCUGCUCCAGGAACCUCCUGGCUCAGCUAGCAAUCCAAUGGACCCUAACCUGCUCAUCCCAGUGGAUCUUGCUAUAGGAUUGCCCAUUUGGUAAUAGAAAUGCUUUUAGUAUGUGAAGGUAGCAAUUGUGAGUCACAAUAAUAGGAAAAGGUACAACCUGGCUUCAGUGGGGCAGAACUAACCACCUAUUAUUAUUAUUAUUAUUAUUAUUAUUAUUAUUGCUAUUAAUAAUAAUAAUUUAUUUAUACCCCAUCCUUCCCAGUUUAAAAACCGGGCUCAGGGUGGCUAACAGCAAAUAUAAAACACUGAUUAAAAUGCGACUUAAAAACAGCAUAGAAUACAACAUAAAAUGCAGCAUCAAUAUCAAUAAAAUUCUAAAAUUCAGGGGUCAUUUUUUUUGGGGGGGAACCCCAAUCAGAAUGUAUUUGAGGAAAAUAUGUGCGGAAGAUGCCCCCCUGUUGCUGAUGGCUAGUUUGCCCUGGUGCCCAUGCAGAGCACUAAGAAGGAAACAGAUCCUGGGACAGAUUUUUCUUUACUUUCUUCCUGCUCCUGGUGGUCCAACCCUUAGAGUUCUAAAUGAGUGAUGGGAAGCAGUCUCUCUUCAGGGUGAGGCAUUUAUCCCUGCAAGAUGCAACUUAGUGGGUCAUCGCAGCCCCUCAGAUGCAGGCCAUUCACAGCAUUUGUAUGAGAAUCAAAGAACUGCAGAGUUGGAAGGGACACUGGAGGGUCAUCUAGUCCAACCCCCUGCAUUGCAGGAAUCCUUUGUCUAACGUUGGGCUCGAACCCACAACCCUGAGAUUAAGCGUCUCAUGCUCUACCAGCUGAGCUAUCCCAGGUAUUUGACGCAAUUAACCCAAAAUAACCCAAAUGUAUUCAUGGUAAUAACAUUGAUAAAGCGGAAUGGUUCUUUAGACUUCUCAUGAAACGGGGAAAAAACGAUAAUGCCCCAGACUGCUUCUUGCCUGGUAAGGAUAUAUCCUUCUGCCUCCUCUUCGACAAAGCCUUUAAAAGAUCUGAGAACUCAUCAUCCUGUCUCGGUGACAGCAGUCCUUGAGUUGAAACGUCCUUCUGCCUAGGAUGCCACUGAGCAGAACUAAAUGGGUUUAGAAAAUAAAUGGCUGGCUGCCACAUAAAGGGUUAAUUUAUUGAUUAAAAUCGAAAGUGGAGAAGCUUUCUCAGGAAAGGAAUUUUUUUUAAAAUAAUUUUUAUUAACAGACCAAUCAAAUCAAAUCACAGAAAUUCCAAAUUACAAAGCCGAAUUUUAAGUUUUUGUUGGGGGUACCCAUAUUUCAAGUUCCGAAGGGGAUCCAAUCCUCUUGUUGCUGCUGCUUUAAUGUCCACAAAUCUGUCCAAAUAAUGUUCACAAUUCUGUCCAAUCCUUUCUUGUUGUUUUCCAUCUCUUCUUAUUGUUUUCAUAUAUUUUUCCUUUCUCUUUGUCUUUGUGACCUCUGAUAGUUUCCACAAGCGGGUUGAAACAAAUUUGUAGUCCUGUGUGGGUUUUUCCGUUUGUCCAAGAGUCUUAUUUAGACGUCUACCGUAUUUCAUCGCUUCUAUAAAGAAAAACAUAAAGAAAAAGGAUGUGACAGACCUGUGAAAAUUUAAUGAGUAGACGUCAGGAAAGGAAUUUCAAAGUAUUGACACCACUUCCUCCCACCCUUGUGCACCCCACCAUACCUGAGAUGGUGUUGGUUCAACACAGAAGGACUUCUGAAGAAUAGGCAGUAAGCAGUCCUUGAAAUAUCCUGGCUGCAGACCAUUCGAGGCUGCGGAAGUCAAUUGUGUCACUUUGACUUGCUCAAUAUUGCUAAGCAGAAGUGUUGCCUCGGGAAAUACUGGAGCAAAAGAGCACUCCUAACUUCAGUUUUUCAGAUUGCCUUGCCUUCUCUUGGUGUUAACAGGUCAACCACGCCAGUGAUGUUUGGGUCAUGGGAAAGGCCGAGCCGGAUAACUACGAUGGGAUAGUAACUAACCAGAAAGGUGUUACACUCGCUGCCCCUGGAGCAGACUGCAUCCCUGUGCUUUUCGCUGAUCCUGUCAAGAAAGCAUGUGGUGCUGCUCAUUCAGGUAACACGACUCCUUUUUUUGCUUUGCAAAGGUCAAGAAACCCACUGGACAACCGUCAUUCCUUUUAUGCAUUUCUCUGUUUCUACUCUGGCCCUGCCCUGGGUGUGCUUUCUUGCUCUGAAUUUUCCCGUCAAUGCCCACCCCAUCCUUCAUUCCAUAUAAAUACAGGUAUGGCUAUCCUUGAGUCGGUACCUUUUUGUUUUCAGUUCACUGUUUAAUCCUGAAUCUCUAUUUAUAGCAUAACGUUUAUACAGUCAUACCUCGGGUUACAGAUGCUUUGGGUUGUGCGAUUUCGGAUUGCACACCGCGCCGAACCUGGAAGAACUGGAAUGGGUUACUUCCAGGUUUUGGUGCAUGCGCAGAAGCGCUAAAUCGCGCUAUGCGCAGUAGUGCCGAAUUGCAACCCAUGUGUGCACAGACGCGACGCUGCGGGUUGCGGACAUGCUUCCCACACGGAUCACGUUUGCAACCCGAGCGUCCAAUGUAAUGGUAUUUUCUAAUGGGCUGAUGCAGCCAAAGAUAAGACCCUUUGACUUUUCCGGGGUUUAAAAAAUGUUUACCGCUGGAUUGUGUCAUAUCUUUUCAACUGAAGAAUCAAAAUACAGUUAUUUUAUUUGUUGAAUUUAUAUUCCACUCUUUCUCCCGAAGGAGGCCAGAAUGACAUGGGAUGUGGGUCUACUCUUGGCAGUUUCCCGUAGAUAUGACACAGCUGAGGCGCAACUGGGAAAGUUGUGUGAAUAAAAAACACUGACUUAAAAGUGCCAAAACUUACCUGCUUCUUUAGAUGUUUGUCAGCAAUGCAGACCAUAGUGGCUAGCUUUCUUAUUCUAUUGAUUGCUGCUAGUUUCUGGCUUCCUCACAUGUAAAUGUGGCAGACACACUUAAAGAACAAAUACUGUUGCUUCCAUCAUGCCUAAUUGGACCCAUCAACCCAUACUUCCUAUUUUGCAUGCUUACACCUAUUUAAAAGUUCACUUACAUUGAAUGCAACUUUUGUUUUUGGUUUUUUUUUAAAUGAUAUUUAUUGAGGUUUCACAUGAAAAGAAUCACAUUAAUAAAAAAAAAGAAUUUAAAAAGAAAAAGAAAAAUACACAAUACAGAAUACAAAAAGAAAAAAGAAUAAAAACAGUUAAAAACAAUUCAUCUUUUCAUCACUACUUUUACAUUUACUUGUUUCUCGGACCUCCUCAUACCUCCCUCUUUUGUAUUCCAAUUCAGUUUGUUUGUCCAGCAAUUCCUUUCCCUCCUUUUUAAUCCCAAUCCUUAAUCUUAAUAUAAUAUAACAUUAAAUUUUUACCUAUUAAAAACCAAUUUUCCAUUCUUUUAGCCUUUUUAAUCCUAAUCCUUAAUCUUGAUCUAUAUAUAAUUUUGAAGCCUGUACAGCUAGAAGCCACUUAAUUUCAAUCCAACAUCACUCUAACAUUCAUUAAUUUUGCUAUAUUUCUGUAAGUAAUCUUUGAAUUUCUUCCAAUCUUCUUCCACCGACUCUUCUCCCUGGUCACGGAUUCUGCCAGUCAUUUCCGCCAAUUCCAUAUAGUCUGAAUGCAUCUUUUGUAUGUUGGGUUUUCUUUUGCUUUUCAAUUUUGAAAGCUGCAAGAUUUCCUUUUCUUUCCUUGCUUCUAAGGUUGGCAAGGCACGUUGUUAGGAGUAUCGAUGGCUGUCAUUAACGCGAUGGUAACUGAAUACGGUUGCGACGUGAAGGAUAUCCUUGUGGUCCUGGGGCCGUCGGUUGGGCCCUGUUGCUUUAAACUGCCUCGGGAAUCGGCAAAAAGUUUUCUUAGGAUUGAUCCCAAGUGCGUAAGACUUUAUGAAUCGUCAACCCCGUACGUUGACCUCAGAAGAGCAACACGGUGAGCUUGGUUAUGCUUAUUCUUAAUUGGGAGAGUUCUUGGUGUUUGGCACAUCACAAAUGUGGGGCUGUGAAAAAUUCACUCUGUGUGUUUUGCUCCCUUUUGGUUAAUGGAUCCCAUUACAGAAGAAGAAGAAGAGGGUGGGGCUCUUUGUCUCCCUGCCCAUCCCUUUCCCCGCAGAAGCAGCCUUCUGCUUUCCUUGGCUGAAUCAGGCACCACAGUUUUAAUCAGUUGUACACCCAAGGGCCAAUUCUGACUAUCUGUACUAUCUGCACCCAGUUUACUGCACUGUCCUCUAAGGAGGCCUUUCCCAUCCACUGUCCUGCUUUCCAAAGAGCGUUGUUGGUAGCGAUGGCCUUGGCUAUCCAUGCCAAUGAGCCUUUGAUAGUAUGUCCACCACUUAGGAGUCCCAACGAAAGCAGAGCAGAAGGGGGGGCUGCUGCCGCUAUGGAGCUUGUGGCAGAGCUUAGGCUCUUCACUCUUCCUUUAGCAUCACAGGAUUGUAGAGCUCGGAGGGACCACAAGGACAAUCCAGCCCCCUGCAAUGCAGGAAAACGUCAGCCAAAGUGGGGCUUCAACCCAUGACCCUGAAGUUAAGAGUCAGGCUCUCCUGGCUGAGCCAUGAUUGGUGGUCAGCAUUUAAUCUCGGCCUCUCUGGCAGUGAGGAGCAUUGCACCCCUUUGCCGCAUUUGGGGGUGUUUUUGGAAGAAGCUGUAGGCCCCCACUAUAUACUCUCCCAUAUUACAUGUUUAAGGUUACAUGUUAUCUUAUGAUCCCCAGUUAUAAAUCAGAACUUCCCAAUUUUAAACACACUAUACAGUGGUGCCCCGCAAGACGAAUGCCUCGCAAGACGAAAAACUCGCUAGACGAAAGAGUUUUCCGUUUUUUGAGUCGUUCCGCAAGACGAAUUUCCCUAUGGGCUUGCUUCGCAAGACGAAACAUCUUGCGAGUUCUUGCGAGUUUGUUUCCUUUUUCUUAAAGCCGCUAAGCCGCUAAGCCAUUAAUAGCCGCUAAUAGCCGCUAAGCCGCUAAUAGCCGUGCUUCGCAAGACGAAAAAACCGCAAGACGAAGAGACUCGCGGAACGGAUUAAUUUCGUCUUGCGAGGCACCACUGUAGGUGGAAGAAGGUCCUGGGGCUUAGUGCCAUAUGAAAAGAUUUUAACCCUAAGAUAUUGGAAGUAAUAUCUUGUGUAUAUAUAAUAACUACCCUCUAAUAACUGUCCAUUUAAUAAUCCAUCAUCCCUUUUUCUUUCUUUAUUAGUAUUCUUCUGGAGACUGGAGGGGUUCUGCCUCAGAACAUACAGGAUGACUCUGUAACAGACCAGAACCAAAAUGUAACUGUCUGUACAUCAUGUUGCCCUGAUAAAUUCUAUUCUCAUGUCCGUGAUGGUGAGAACUUUGGAACACAGAUUGGCUUCAUAUCAAUUAGAGACUGAGGGUUUAUCUUCAUAUUUAUGCAAUAAUCUGGUAGAAACUGUUGGGGCAAAUGGAUUAUAUUUACUGAUACUGAGCUCUUCCUGUGGUCAGCUAUAGUUCCAAGCUGUCUAUAUAACAUAGUUACUUAGAAAAGGAGUCCUGUUUAUUUUGAUCGGACUUAAUUCCACCUAAGUCUGCUUAAUCUUACACUACUAGUACAAAAAACUGCAAAUAUCAGGGAU